CGGUGGCUACGGCAACUGGAAAGGGCCGUUGUUGUCACCUUGGCCAUGGCGGCCGGGCCGCCCCCACCGCUGGAGCCCAGCCCGCUGCCCACGUUCUCUGAGGAGGGAUUCGUGGAGAAGUUCGUGCGCAAGACCCGGGAGAACCCCCUGGUGCCCCUCGGCUGCCUGUGCACCGUCGGUGUCCUGGCCUACGGGAUUAUCUGCUUCAAGAAAGGCCAGACUCGGCGCUCCCAGCUGAUGAUGCGGGCGCGUGUCGUAGCCCAGGGCUUCACCAUCGCUGCCCUGGUGGGAGGCAUGGUGGCCACGACUGUCAAAUCCCGACAGUGACAUCGGACAAAAGCGAAGCUGCGGCCACGGGCAAGAGUCUACCAGCAACCCCGGCUGGCAGAGUGAAUCCUGGCUGCAGAUGGAGUUUUCUGAGAAACUGUUGUGAUGUCUCAGUGGAGCUAGUUCUGGAGCACUGGAAAUGGGGUGAAUACACUCUGUGAUUAACAUGUCAUUUGGGCUGUGGUAUUUUUUUUUUGUUUCUCUCAAGAGCUCACCCUCCUGCAGCACUGAGGCUGCAGGUCACUAAGUCUCACCACCCCUGUCAGACUUCUUGUCCCUGCUUGAUGCUGUCACAGGCUGAUAAAAUUGUGUCUUCUUGGUCCUGGACUGAGGUGUGGUUGUAGUUAGGCAGUGACCAGCAUUUGAGAAAUGAGCUGCUCAUGAGGAAGGAACCGCUGCUUAUCACUUGGUCCUGGCAGGACAAAGUCCCUAGGCAGCAGGAGAGGCAGUUUGGGAGGUUGCGUGACCUGUUCAAUUAAAACUGGUGAGUAAUAAAGUGAAUUGCAGCAA